GAUCCUGUCGCCACAUGUCGGCUCUAGAUAGGGCCAUCUUCUGCUGGUGGGCAGUGACGGGGGCGAUUCACGUGGUGCUGGAAGGCACGUUCGUUGCGUUCCCGGACCUCAUGAGCAGCACCAGCAACGCCUUUCUAUUAGACGCAUGGAAGGAGUACAGCAAGGCUGAUUCGCGCUACGCCACACGAGACGGCUGUGUGCUCUCUGUUGAGGCAGUCACUGCGUUCAUUGAAGGGCCUGCUUGCUUCCUCAUCCUAUAUGGUCUGGCGUCGCGGCGCCCCUUCUCCCCGCUCCUCCAGUUCGCCGUCUCCCUCGGCCAGCUGUACGGCGACGUCAUCUACUUUGCGACAAGCUUCCUGGAAGAUUCCAAGCACUGCCAUCCGGACCCGAUCUACUUCUGGGGGUACUUUAUAGCGAUGAACGCCGUGUGGAUUGUGGUCCCCUUUGCCAUCCUCUGCCGCUGCUGGGGGCAGAUCACGGCAGCCAUGGCAGCUGCGUAUGCAGCUGGGGGGAGUGGUGUCGGUGGUGGUAGUGGGGGGAUGAAUGGGGCAGUGAAGAGCAGACGGACAAAGAGGGAAUGA